AUGGAAUGCCUUAUUUGUAUUCCAAAUAGAAAGGUUAUGUAUGGAAAGAAUCAAGAUAAAAUUAGAAUGAAAGGUAGAGUAUUGUUAGAUUAUUAUUUAAGAAAGUCUCUCUAUCAUAAAGAAUCACUUCUUCCCUUUAUAAUAAAUAUGCUGAAUCUUAAAACUAUUAUUACACCAAAGUAGUUAAUGAUUUGAUACUCAACUAACCAACUAAGGCUACAAUUUGGUUUAAAGUAUAAUAUUUUCAAUUUUACAAAGGAUUUAGAAUAAUAUGAUGAAGAAGUAGAACAUUGUAAAAAACUCUACACAUUAUCAUCAUAUCCAAAGAAAAUUAAGAUUUUAGUUGAAUUUUAUAGAGUAUUCAUAAUUCAUUACAUUUGCAGUUCCAUAAGGAUAUUCCAAGGUGGGCCGUUAAUGAAUAAAUUGUUUCCAUAUUAAACGAAUUUUACAAUCAAAGAAGAAAAUUAGAAUACUAUAAAAUACAAUAUAUAAUUGAAUAAGAAAACCAAUAAAAUCCAAAUAGAACUCCAAAAGGUAUUGUGGGAGAAUAACCUUAAGAAUCCUAAAGUACUCCAAAAUCAUCUCAAGAAUCUGGUUAAGUUGUUGGAAAUGUUUUAGAUGAAUUAAAAAAUGAAUUAAAAUAAAGAACAUAAACUUAAUAAAGUGAAAUAAAUGAAAUUAUUAAUGCUUUAAAUUCUAAUCCAAAGAGAAAACAACCAAAUUUAUAAUAAAUAAUCAAUAAUUAACAAUUCAUUCUUAAUGAAUAAAGAUUAUAAUAAUUCAUAACUUAAGAAAAACUUAAAAAAAUUAAUCUAAUUAUAAAUUAAUAAAAAGCCACCAGUUAAACAUAAAGAAAUUAUAAAUUAUAAUAAGAUAAGAGUGAUUCAUUUAGAAAAUAAAAUCUUAACUAAAAUUCUUUGACUUCAAGAAAUAAGACAUCCAAAAUUGCACAUGCUCAGAUUUUAAGUUUAUGUAAAAAUAAUUAUUAUAAUAGUAAAAUAAAGAGUUAAAGUAAAACUUGAAUUAAAAAACAAAAUAAAAGCUAAAGUAAUUACAGGUAACACUUCUUUAAGAAGUCUUUAAAAAAAUAUUGAAUCGCCAAAAACAACAAGAAAUGUUUAAUUCUAAAAAUAAAGAUUUAAUUAAAAGAAGUCUUUGAAAGCAAAUACAUUUCAUGUAAAUCAAUCUAGCAAGUAUAAUAUUAUUAAAUAUUAGAAAUUUAAUUGUGAGUUUAUUGGCAAAUAGAAAUACAACUGUGCAUGUUGAUGCAAAUUAAAAAAAUCUCCUUUUGGCUAAAUUGAAUAUCCUAAACACACCCAGAUAGAUUAUAAAUUGA